AUGAAAGUACAUAGCGUUUCUCUAACUGCUAAUAUUCUAAAUAAGGACGAAAAUGAUAAAAUAACCUCAAUGCUUAAACUAUUUUGGGAAACAGAAGAAAUUCCAAAAUCGAAAGUUCUAUCAGAAACAGAUCUCUACUGUGAAGAACUUUAUAAAAAGAUAACAUAUCGCAGAAGUGAUGGUAGAUAUGUUGUAAAACUUCCUUUUAAACAAGAAUUUCCAGAAAACUUGUAUUUGCAAUCUUCCAGAUUCGCAGCAAAAAGUCAAUACAUUCAUCUAGAGGCAAAAUUACAAAAACAAAUAGAUCUUCAACAGAUUUAUAAUAAUGUCUUAGAAGAAUAUAUAACAUUGGGUCAUAUGAGGAAAACAAAUUCUUCCGAAAUUUGUAAAGAUGGAAAGUAUUUUUCAUAUUAUUUACCACAUCAUGCUGUAUUUGGACCAGAAAGCACUUCUACAAAAGUUAGAGUAGUUUUUAAUGGUUCUCGCAAAACGAAAAGCUCAUUUUCGUUGAAUGAUGUAUUGCAUAUUGGUCCAACAUUGCAAUCUGACUUAAUGUCCGUUAUUUUAAAUUGGCGUAUAAGUAUAUAG